AGUCGAAACCCUACGGGUGUCGCCGGCGACUUUCUGGGCUGGGCGAGGUCUGUUCUUGAGGGUUCCGCCUUAGAACCAUCAAUUCCGAUCCGGAGAAGCGGAAAGCUCGCAUUUGCAUGUCUUAUUGUUGCUUGAUCAUGUAAUUUCUUGACCAUCAAAAGAGCUCUUUGGAGUACCUUGUAGAAAUCUUUAUAGAACAGAGACGUCUACAAGGGGUGUGUGUGUGUGUUUGUGUGUUCUCCAAAGAUUGUGGUGUAAUGGAAACUGAUCAGAAACCUCAAACUUUGUACCGCUGCAAAAGAUGCCGCCGCAUUGUUGCCUCACAAGGGAACGUGGUACCACACGAACAAGGUAAAGGAGAAUCUUGUUUCAAAUGGAACAAACGAAGCGACCCAUCGAACACCGAUAAGAAACCUGAAUGUUCCUCAAUAUUUGUGGAGCCUAUGAAGUGGAUGGAAGCAGUGGAAGGCGGCCAUGUCGAGGAGAAACUUUGGUGCUUAGGUUGCAAAGCUCGUUUAGGCUCAUUCAACUGGGCAGGGAUGCAGUGCAGCUGUGGAGCAUGGGUUAAUCCAGCAUUUCAACUGCACAAGAGUCGAAUUGAUGAAUCUACUUGUUGAGCUGUGUCUGUAAUGUUGAUUGAAUCGCCAUUUUACACCGUAUUAAUGUCAACAACACUGAAUCUUUUUUUCCAAGAAAUUAAAGAACUUUGUAUACCCUUCCAUUGGAAGGAUAUAAAGGUCUGAUUACAGUA